AGUAUUCGACAUUCGUCUUCGAUUCACUGAUUCACUCGGUUAGAGUUUGUUGAUCGUGAGGGUGUGUGUUAUAUUUCAGCAUUACUUCAUUUUUAGGGCUUAACUUGAUAAGCAGUAACAUUUAAGAAUUGACUUUCUUUGUAUUGAACAUUAUUGUAAUUUUAGUGUGUUCUUGUGUUAAGCGAUUUUUAAAUUUCCAGUGAAUCAAUAAUAUAGGCAGCAUGCCGGGUGGGCUGGGGGCCUCGUAUCGGUCCCUUGCGGACGACGUCUACAAGACUACAACCAUCCCAGACAAUAAAUUUAACAUGAUGGAAUCUGUCAAAAAGGUGUUUAGUUUCACAGUCAACCAAAGGCGCUCGGAGCCCCUCAUUGAGAAAGAGCCUCAACCUGUUGUCACAAGGAAGAUGCCCGCGUCCGCAGCCGCAGAGGAGACUGCCCUCCUCGGCACAAUGCCGUCAGACAGCAUGGACGACAUAGAGUUGCGCAACAUCCAGCUCCAGUUCCCCGCCGUGCGGUCGCUCAGUAGGGACGAUCCCAGUGUGGAGGAGGUACGCGUGGACACGGACCGAGGCACGGUGCUGGUGGCGGUCCAGGGCAACCGUUCUAAGCCAGCCAUCCUCACCUACCACGACCUUGGCCUCAAUUACGUAGCCAGUUUCCAAGCAUUCUUCAACUACAGCGAUAUGAGAAUGCUUUUGGAGAACUUCAGUGUGUACCAUGUCAAUGCUCCAGGCCAGGAGGAGGGAGCACAUCCACUACCUGAUGAUUACGAGUACCCAACAAUGGAUGAGCUAGCUAACCAGCUGAACUUCGUACUGGGUCACUUUGGGCUCAACUCGAUCAUAGGACUUGGUGUGGGAGCAGGCGGUAACAUUCUAGCCAGGUUCGCUCUCAACCAUCCGAACAAGGUCGAGGCUCUCUGUCUAAUCAACGUAGUAUCAACGCAGGCUGGUUGGAUUGAGUGGGGUUAUCAGAAAAUAAACGCACGCUACCUGAAGUCAAAAGGAAUGACGCAAGGAGUGUUGGAUUACUUAAUGUGGCAUCAUUUCGGAAGGGGGACGGAAGAGAGGAACCAUGAUUUGGUGCAAGUCUAUCGGACAUACUUUGAGCGUUUCAUCAAUCCCGGGAACUUGGCUAUGUUCAUCGACAGUUACGUGAGAAGGUCGGACCUUAACAUGACCCGGAACGGAGCAACUCUUAGCAUGCCUGUGCUCAACAUCUCUGGAGCUCUGAGUCCUCACAUGGAGGAGACUGUGACACUCAACAGCCGACUGGACCCCACCAACUCGUCGUGGAUGAAGAUCUCUGAUUGUGGCAUGGUCCUGGAGGAACAACCGAACAAAGUGAGCGAGGCUUUACGGCUGUUUCUACAAGGACUGGGAUACGCUAUCAAAGUGGGCCGCAAGAAGCUCACUUCCUCGGUCUCCGCUGAAGGUAAUAGUUAACGUAGCCGCCUCACCUCGCUUGCUGGCACCACAGGUUUGUUGUGAAGAUGUCUCGCUCAGGUGACUCUCUCCACAGCGUCUCUUGGCCUAUUCACAUCACCGAGAAUCCCAUCUCUGAGGCCGCAGUCUGCUGAGCACCUCCCUUCCUCCCCCAUUCUAGUUCCACACCUGCCUAGCUUACUAUCAGUUCCCUUCAUUAUCGUACCGAUGCUUUCAAUUAUUUAUUCUUACAUUUUUAUUGUUGUAUACGCUAGUAAUUUGUUAUCGCGCCUUUGUACAGUUUAAUAUUGUAUUUUUGUCUUGUGUAACAUUAGGCAUAACUAUUUAUAAUUACACCAUACUCGCCUAUCGUUAAGAACAAAUAUUUUGUAGAAUUAGAUGUUUUCGAGAGUAAGCAUUGUGUAAUGCUCGGGGUUGACGUUACUGUUGGACCCAUUCAAGUUUGUACACGCUAAAAUGUGAAAAUGUUUUUGUUUUUAUGUAUAAUAUUUAAGAAGCUAUUAUAAAAAUAUUACAUAGUUAAAAUAA